GGAGAAGGCUCAGUAAUGAAGUGGUCAAGAUUUUCUGUGCCUCUGUUUUCUGUGAGAAGGCAAGGUCUUGUUUCUGUUCCCCCAGAGUCCAGACCUGAGUCAUUGCUGUCUCUUCUGUUGCCUCUGUAUGUAAGACCAUCAACACCUAUGGAGACUCUGCAAAGGAUUGUCAGUACCCUAGUGAACAAAAAUGAUGAAAUUCACAACUUCAUUGACAUGCUGAACCAUACGAUAUCAAAUGUUCAGGUGAACUCCUCUAAUGCCAUCAGUGAGCUGGAUGAGGAGUUUGAUGGUCUGUAUUCUGUCCUACAUGAGAUGAAGGGGAGCAUGGCCAGCACUAUUCAGCAAGAAGAAGCUCGUAAAAUUCAAGCUCUGCAGGAUCAGCUGAGCCAGUGCAGCCGUGCCCUGGAGAGCUCAGAAGAGCUGCUGGAACUUGCUGUUCAGUCGCUGGACAUAAAGAACCCUGUGGAGCUCUUAGAGGCUUCCAGACAGAUCAAAGAUAGUGUCACAGUGGCUUCAGCAUUCCGCCUCUCUCUGAAACCAAAAGUCAGUGACAGUAUGACUCAUAUGAUGGUGGACUUUGCCCUGGAAAAGCGGAUGCUCCAAGCUGUGAAGUUUUUGCCAGUCCCUAAAGCUCCAGAGAUAGAUGUAGCAGCAUGUCUGGUUGCUGACAACUGCAUAACAAUAUCAUGGAGAAUGCCUGAGGAGGACAGCAGAAUUGAUCAUUUUGUGCUGGAGUAUAGGAAAACCAACUUUGAUGGGCUCCCUCGACUAAAAGGAGAACAGCGUUGGGAGCUGGUUGACUACAUUAAAGCUACUCAAUACACAUUAUCAGGUCUGAAAUUUGAUACAAAAUACAUGAACCUUAGAGUACAAGCUUGCAACAAAGCUGUGGCAGGUGAAUACUCUGACCCCGUGACUCUGGAAACCAAAGCAUUUGUGUUCAGUUUGGACAGUACUUCAUCUCAUCUGAACUUGAAAGUUGAAGACACCUACGUUGAAUGGGAUCCUACUGGAGGCAAAGGCCAAGAAAAAAUAAAAGGGAAGGAAAAUAAAAACAGUGGCCAGAAUCCUCUGCUGAAGAGCAAUAGAAGAAGCAACACAGCGUCUCCAAAGAGAUCCACUAACAGCCCAAGGGCCUCAGCGAGGGCCAGCCGGGAUCGCUUUGCUGGUGAAUCCUACACAGUGCUGGGAGAUACUGCUGUUGAAAGUGGACAGCAUUACUGGGAAGUGAGAGCCCAGAAGGACUGCAAAUCCUACAGCGUGGGAGUAACGUACAGAAACCCAGGGAAGUUUGACCAGCUGGGAAAGACUAAUUCCAGCUGGUGCAUCCAUAUCAACAACUGGCUGCAAACCACGUUCUCAGCAAAGCAUAACAAUAAAGCAAAGACUCUAGAUAUACCUGUCCCGGACCGAAUAGGAGUAUACUGUGACUUUGAUGGAGGUCAGCUUUCAUUUUAUAAUGCAAGCUCAAAGGCAUUGUUACAUACCUUCAGAACAAAGUUUACCCAACCAUUGCUACCAGGCUUCAUGAUCUGGUGUGGUGGGCUCACAGUGACUACUGGAUUGCAGGUGCCAAGUGCUGUGAAAACUCUCCAGAAGAGUGAAAAUGGAUUGGGUGGUUCAACAAGCAGCCUAAAUAAUGUUGCCUAGUAAUGUCUGUUUAAAACUUCUCCUGCUGAAUGUUUUUGUUUUUCUGUGUAGCUACUACUCACAGAAGCUUGUGAGCAUUGGAUUUUACUGGGUUUGCUACCUUCUGCUGUUUAGGGCCUGGGUACGGAUAGUGCAAAGGUUUUGGGGCUCAAGUGUUAGGAACCAGUGCUGGGAAUUGAGAAAAAUGUCAGAAAGCUGAACUGUUGCCUAUUUAAAAAAGAAAAAGAAGCCAAGAGCUGUUACUCUGUACUUUUCUAAUACUGUAUUCAAGCAUUUUGUUACAGACUUGAAUAUUAAUUUUGUUAUAAAUACUAUUCUUCUAUGAAGAAUAUAGCAAAUACAAUUUUUUUUAGCUCUCCUAAUGCAAAUUACUUAACUGUGUAUUUAUUACUAGGCUUCCCAUUAGAGGUUGUGAUUUUCGAGAUGCAUUUUGAAAACAGACGGAUUUGUUGGCCUAGCCUGGCAAAACACCACAGCAGCAUAGUUUCAAAAGGAUAUUACAAGAAUGUGUAGGCCUGGUAUGAAGAAACAGAACAGGUUGUGACUAUUUCCCCUAGUGGUAUAAAAUCUUCCUAUUUUCCAUGGGUAACUCCUUUUUAAAACCAUGUGUAUUGAUAUUGGCUCCUGUAUGUCACCAUUACAUUAAUUGCAUUCUAAUUACAUUAGAAAAUUAUGUAUAGAUGUUCCAUUGCCUUGACCCCCAUUUGUGAGCCUAGUAAAACAGUAGUCAAAUGAUUCAUAGUAAUGGGAGAGCUAAAAAAAGGAAAAAAAAAAUCAUGUUAUAUUCUUCGUGGAAAAAUCCCAGUUUGUCAGUGGGAAUUACUAGGUUAUUACAGACUUUUUUAAUCUGCUUUCUUCCCUCUAAUCAAGCUGAGGAGCCUAUAAAUAGUUUUCAGGUACACUCUUGAAUCAGGUGUUUCCUAACUGAAGAUUGUUUUCUGGUAUCACCUGAAAACUUAUAAAUUCAUGGUCCAUAAUGAUUUGGCUCAUUUGCUGCUGGGCCAGUAUAUUUUCCUUUUGUGUAUCCUUUAGCCCAUAAAACCAUAAACAUCUAAUCGUGUUAAAACCUCAAUAUUACCAAUGGCUCCUUUCUGUCCAUCACAGUUUCUCAAGAGAAGGAGAAAUUCCUUGAGACGCCUUCUAAUAAACUGGCUAUGAUGUUCAGUGAAAAGUUAAAAAUUAACAAGGAAGUUUAAUUACCUGGUCUGGAAAGUGUUAUUUUUCUUGAGGAAUCAUGAAGUUGACAGGUUGGCUGAGCCCUAAAUGUUUAUUUUGUAUCGGGAACUUGAGCAUCUCUUAAUUAUUUGCAUUGUGAACUUGUAAUCUCUUUUUGCAGAGGAAAGUACAAACUAGUUUUUCCAGUUUAACUGUACCUUCUUCUGCGUGUUCUGUUGCUUGGGCUUUGGGACAAAGAUACUCAGAAGUGACGUGGUUCUUGGUCAACAGUGUUUGAAUCUGCUUCACACAUUAUCUGCAGAUGUUACUGUUAUGCAAAUACUAUGUGUAAAAAAUUUUCUCUUUCCAUUUUACUGCAAUGGACACCUGACUAGGAGUUCUUGGGGAUAAAUUGCUACAAACUCAGUUUUGCAGCCAGCUCUAGUCCGGGGAUAUGGUGCCCAGGCACCAGGACAGACUGGCAGCUCCUCAUCACCACUCAUCCACUUGUAUUGAUCUUGGGUGUUCAGCUGCAGUUCCUCUUCAAAUUUCCCUCUGUGGAAAGAAAGGGGAUGUUUACAACCAGCUAAUGUGUUGUGAGAACCAUGAGUAUUAUCUAGCCCUCUACAAGAGCAUUUAAAUUAUGCAGUUGUUUUUUUUUGUUUGUUUGUUUUUUUUUUUUUCUCUUUUUAGCUAGUAGUAUAACCUGCAAGGUGAAUUUGAUAUGCACCGAUGUAAAAAUGUCAUUUUUCUUUUAACAGUUAGCUAGAGGAAAGCUUGGGAGGGUUUCAUACUGUGACUUGUGACAUGCAAGUUUUGGUUUAACUCAUUUCCUAGAUGAACCUUAACAUGUGACAUUUUACCCUUAAAAAGAUGGAUUUGUUAUAUAAUAGUUUGCACAGAUGUCAAAUUUUUGCUGCUAACAUGUAGUCCAGUUGUCGUUAGUAAAUGGGGAUAUGAAGAAUUGCCUUAAGCACUUUAGAUUUUUUUUUUAGACUGUUUUUUCUGAACUAGUGUCUCUCCAGCACCCAUUAUCAUAGAAAGAUGAGCGACACCACACUGCUCCCAGUGAAGCUUUUUGUUGCAGUUGGUGCAGGGUUUGUGCUUGCAGCUGGACAGGGAUGCCUGCAGCCUGCAGAGUUACCUUUUGUGAAUCCACUUUCAGGGAGUUGGAGAGGGGUGGCUCUUUGGCAGUGGAUCAGAUUUUUUUGAAGGUCUGUUGUUCAAUCCACCAGGCUUAUUUACUCUGGAGCCAGUACUGCACGGUGGCAAAACAGGAGUUUUCUGCUCUAUGACCAAAAGGAGAUGCUUAAUUUUUUUUUUUUUUCCUUUUUAAGUACUUACUGCUGGUAUUCUGAAGAUAUUUUAACUCCGAAAGCCUGACUUUUGAGGAACUAAAGGUUUUCCUUGAGAUAUUAAUACAGAUGAGCAUAGCUGCCAUUGUGCCGUGGAAAAGUUACUGCAGCUAGGGAUGUCAGUGUCAGACAGGAUAAUUAAAAAAACAAACAAAAAAAAACCAUCUGGGGAUAUAAAUGCUUCUGCAAAUACCAAACAGGCUCAGCAGAGGUGGCAGGUUCAUUUUUCAGAAAUGCAGGAAAAGCAGAGUGUACAGUACAAAUCCCGUUUCCUCACUCCUCCCACGUCUCAGAUGGAGACCGGGGCCGCCAUCUGGGAGCGUGUUGGGCUUGUCCGUGUGUUUAUUUUAAGGCGUGCGGGGUGUUGGAUGGACGCUGACCGUGACUUGUGUGUUGAUGUCGUGCCCCAGCGUCGCUAUUUUUCGGUGUCCUGUGGCAGGGCCAGCCUGGCCGUGGCUUUACUUCGGAGCAGAUCCCGGUGAUCCCCGGGACGCUGCGCGGGGCCCCUGCCCGGAGCCCCCCGCCAUGGAGGGGAGUGGGACGGAGGGGGUGCCGCCCGCGUGUGACGCGAUGUUUUGUACUAAUACAGAAAUCUGCAACCCUG